GUCGUUUGGAAUAGAGCCGGUGCGUGUUGAUUUUUUUUCCAGCAUGGCUCCGAAAGGCAAACGGCGGCCAGAGAAAACUGAAAUAUUUGAGCAAAAUGGAGAAGACACGAUUGAAAACGACGACAACGACGACGCCGCGAGUGAUGGAGAGAAAGGCGAGGAUGAACUCACCCUGGAUGAUGUGCUGCGUUUGGGAGGCACUAAGGCAGACUACGUCAUGCUUUCUGCAGUUGAGGACAGUACCGAGCUGGUAAACGGUGGAAAGAAAGGUGCAAUCGAUGAUUUGGAGGAAGGUGAACUAGAAGAGUUUAUCACCAAACUGGGAAUCCGCUCCUACUCGGGACAGCUAGUUAUUGAAGAUGAGGAUGAGCCUGAAGCAGAAAACAAAGAGAAACCCAAACCCAGCGUGGAAAAGAAGAGCAAGAAAGAAGCCUCUAAAGCAGAGUCCAUUAAGAAACCUGAAGCCGAGCCGAAGAAGAACCAAGAGUCCAAAAAAACAAGCAAAAAAGCCAAGCAAAAAGAAGCUGACCUUUUUGAAUUUUACCCUCGGCAGGUGCUUCUGGUUAAGCCUGGAGGAAAAUGGUACGACAUAGAGUACACUUCUGAGUCUAGCACUUCUCCUCAGGAUGAUUCGCUGGUUUCUCAGUACAAGGCUUUGGCUCAGAAGCUGCUAGAGGCUGAAACAAAUCUUUACAAAAACAAGAAAAACCUACAGAAAGGAGCGAACACAGUCUGGAUGAAGAGCGUCGUCUCGACCGGGACGCUGGCGGACAGGAUGGCAGCCAUGACUGUGCUCAUCCAGGAUGCUCCUCUACACUGUCUGGAGCACAUCGAGAGCCUGAUCAUUAUGAUGAAGAAGAAAGGAAGUCGUAGACAAGGCCUCAUGGCUUUGGACACACUUAAAGAGCUGCUGCUGUCCGAUGUGCUCCCAGAGAAUCGUAAACUGCGAGCCUUCUCCCAACGCCCUUUCGACCAGUUGGAAGAGCGUGCAAGUGGAAACCGAGAUGUCCGAGACCGCCGUCUUGUCCUCUGGUACUUCGAGCACCUUCUCAAGCUCCAGCUGGCUGAGUUUGUAAUAGCUCUUGACACUUUGGCUCACGAUACAGUCCUGGCCACCAAAAUGAAAGCUCUGACCACAGCUCACGAGCUGCUCUGCAACCGGCCCGAGCAGGAGAAAGCCCUGCUGAUGCAAGUCGUCAACAAACUAGGAGAUCCCGAGUACAAAAUCGCCUCGAAGGCCUCGUAUCUGCUGGAGACGCUCCUCCAUAAACACCCCUUGAUGAAAUCGGUGGUGUGCGUUGAAGUAGAGCGUCUGAUGUUCAGACCCAACAUAAGUGCCAAGGCUCAGUAUUACGCCGCCUGCUUCCUCAACCAGGUGAUGCUGAGCCACGAUGAGGCUGAGCUCGCCACCAAACUCAUCACUAUCUACUUCAGCUUCUUCCGUCUCUGUGUCAAGAAGAAGGAUGUGGAGUCUAAGAUGCUGGGUGCUCUGCUGAGCGGCGUGAACAGGGCAUAUCCAUACACCAAGACCGGAGAUGAGACGGUCCGGGAGCAGCUGGACACGCUGUUUAAAGUGGUGCACAUAGUGAAGUUCAGCACAGCUGUGCAAGCUCUCAUGCUGCUCUUCCAGGUUAUGGAUUCUCAGCAGAGCGUGUCUGAUCGAUACUUCGUCGCUCUUUACAAGAAACUGUUGGAUCCUGGUCUGUCAGUAAGCUCGAGGCAGAGCAUGUUCCUCAACCUGCUGUACAAAUCUCUGAAAGCCGACAUCGUCCUGCGCCGCGUUAAGGCCUUCGUGAAGAGGCUGCUGCAGGUCAGCUGUGAGCAGAGUCCAACGUUCGCCUGCGGAGCGCUCUUCCUCGUGUCCGAGGUUAUGAAAGCCAAACCUGGCCUUAAGCUCCUCCUACAAGAAGGGGAUGAUGAUGAUGAGGAGAAGUUUCUGGACCUUAAAGGGGAAGAGGAGGAGGAUGAUGACAAGAAAACCAACAACGAUGAUGAUGAUGAUGAAGAAGAAAGGUUUGUGGAUGCGGAUAAAAUUGAAGAGGACCAAAGUAAAAAGCCUCAGCAGAACAAACCAGCUGCAUCAUGGGUACAUCACCAAAACUUGGAGGGUGGUAAGGAUUUGGAGGUUUAUGCCCCCAUGCACAGAAACCCUUUAUACUGUGGAGCGAAUCACAGCACACUCUGGGAGCUGCAGAAGCUCGCUGAUCAUUUCCACCCCUCUGUAGCUCUCUUCGCAAAAACCAUCUUGCAGGGAGGGCACAUCCAGUACUCAGGGGAUCCUCUACAGGACUUCACGCUUAUCAGAUUCUUGGAUCGAUUCGUGUUCAGAAACCCCAAACAAACAAAGGGAAAACAAAACACAGACGCGACUGUAAUGCAGCCGAAACACAAAAAGACCAUGAAUAACAUCCGCACGUUACCUGUAAACUCUGAGGAAUAUCUAGCUAAAGAGGAAAGUCAGAUCCCUGUGGAUGAGGUGUUCUUCUACAGGUUCUUUAAAAAGAGGGAAGGAGUGAAGCGAUUAAGGAAGCCUGGAGAGGACACCGAGAGCGUGGAGGACGUGGAUGAUGACGAGUUUGAACAACUGCUCGACACGUUUGAGAGCGAUGGCUGCUUCACAGAAUUUAAAGAUGGAGACCUGGACUUUGCUGGCAACGUGAAGAGCAACAGCAAAAAAGGCAAGAAGUCCGAGGAGGUCUCUGAUUCAGACCUGGAUUCGGAAGGUGACCUGGAUGACGAGGAGCUCUCUCUGGGAAGCAUGGCUGAGGAAGACUUCGGAGACGAGCUGGAGGAUGACGGCGGUGCUUUUAUGGAGCCGGGUGGAGAUGAUGACGACGAUGAAGUACCAGAGCUUGAGGAUGAUGAUGAUGGUGCUUUUGAGGAUUUUGAUGAAGACAUGGACGAGCCCGCAGAGGACAGCACAGGAGGCAAAAAAGGCAAGAGGAAGUCAUCCGGACAUCUCGGAUCUUUUGAUUCCAAACCAAGCAAGAAAAAGAGAGGAAAGAUGGAGGAUACAGCCAUGUUUGCAGCGGCUGAGGAGUUUGGUGAUCUGCUGGAUGAAAACUCCGAUCUCAAGUUCGACAACAUCGGCAUGAACGCUAUGGCUAACAAGGACAAAGCCAGUGUCAAACAGCUGAAAUGGGAGGUGCAGCGUGACGACUGGAUCAAGGGACGUGACGUCAAGACGCUCAGGAGGAAGAAGGCCAUGUUUAACAAGAGGAAACAGUUUGGAAAACCAGGCAAAAAGACUGCAGGGAGGAAGAAGUGAUGGCUUUCGUCCUCUUGAGUAUCUCCGUCUGUCUGUCUUUCUAUUCCUGGCUAGUAGACCACACGUCCUGAUCGGCUUCCCGGAUGCCGUAGUUCCCGGCCCAUUCGUUGGACUUGUAAUAAACUGAGUGAGAGAAAGAAAGCUGUUGAAUUAUGGUUCGGUUUGUAGUCAUUAAUUGCUACGUCGGUGGCAAAUAUUUCUGAAGACAAAAAUUGUCAACAUGUAAAAAAUGCAUUUUGUAAUAAAUGUAAUUUUACCGUU